GUUCUCCACCGUUUUCAUCUGCUUCUGCUGACGCUGCUCCGCUCUCGUCAGCCUCUGGCCCACUCUCUCCUGGAGAUCGAGCACCAUGCCUUCAAUUAAAUUGCAGAGUUCUGAUGGAGAGAUAUUUGAAGUUGAUGUUGAAAUUGCCAAACAAUCUGUGACUAUCAAGGCUAUGUUAGAAGAUUUGGGAAUGGAUGAUGAAGGCGAUGAUGACCUAGUUCCUCUACCAAAUGUUAAUGCAGCAAUAUUAAAAAAGGUCAUUCAGUGGUGCACCCACCACAAGGAUGACCCUCCUCCUCCUGAGGAUGAUGAGAACAAAGAAAAGCAGACAGACGAUAUUCCUGUUUGGAACCGAGAAUUUCUCAAAGUUGACCAAGGAACACUAUUUGAACUAAUUCUGGCUGCAAACUAUUUAGACAUCAAAGUUUUGCUUGAUGUUGCAUGCAAGACUGUUGCCAAUAUGAUCAAGGGGAAAACCCCUGAAGAGAUUCGCAAGACCUUCAAUAUAAAAAAAUGACUUUACUGAAGAAGAGGAAGCCCAGGUACGCAAAGAGAACCAGUGGUGUGAAGAGAAGUGAAAAGUUGUGCCUGACACUGUAACACUGUAAGGAUUGUUCCAAAUACUAGUUGCAUUGCUCUGUUUAUAAUUGUUAAUAUUAGGCAAACAGUAGACAAAUGCAGCAGCAAAUCAAUUGUAUUAGCAGAAUAUUGUCUUCAUUGCAUGUGUAGUUUGGGUACAGAUACCAAACCUGUGGCUGAGUUUCUUCCAGUAUGAUCAAAAGUAUCUUUUUUCUUUGCUCUGAAUAAAACUGAAUUGUGGGUUCUCUAU